GAACCCGACACUCCAUCUUCACCAUGUCCCUCGCUGCCGCCCCGAAGAACGAGCCCUACUUCCCGCUCGCCGGCCUCGCCGACGACGGCUGGUCGAACGAUACGGAGGCGACCGCGACGUGUUACUGCGGCAAGGUCCAGAUGAAGUUCCCUCACGAAGCCCCCGGCCUCGUUGAUACUUUCGCAUGUUCUUGCUCGGAUUGUAAAUCGUUCAGCGCGACGUCCUUCGCCACGAAUUUCGUCGCACUCGACUCGCACACGUCGUUCGUGCGCGGCGAGGAGCUCCUCACCGAGUUCUCGCAGUCCAAGACGAUCGGGUCCGGCGGGUGGAUGAAGCAGCACUUCUGCAAGGUGUGCGGCACGCUCAUGUUCCGCACGGGCGAGGUUGCGCCGGGCGUGCGCAUCAUGCGCGUCGGGACCGUCGACGACCACAUGCUCGCCCAGACCAAACUCGCGCCGCGCAUCGAGCAGUACACCAAGGACAAGUUCUCCUGGAUCGGCCCUCUCGACACCGAGAUCAAGUGCGAGGCCUCGAUGGACUUCGGCGCCGUCCUCGGCAAGACGGAUCGCUGGGCGCCCAAGGCCAAGGCCUAGCUGUAGCGCAGACGUCUGUAACCUGGUCCCGACACGUUCAGUC